CCUUUGCAACAAGCCACCCCCUUCCUCCAGCCAUAUAUACCUCCACGCCUCCUCCUCGCCCUUCUCAUCUCCUCAUCGAUCAUUCCUAGCAAGCUCGCCCUCUCUCGAGAAAACAGAAGGCUCUCCUCUCUCUCUCACGGAAAACAGAAGGCUCUCCGGCUCUACUCCCCCGAGCUCUACACCCCGGCCUCUGCAUCUCUAAUGGGGGAGCACGCGUACGACCACAGCAGCAGCAGCGGGGGCGGCAUGAGCCCGUCGACGCCGCCGGUGCAGCAGCGCAGGGGCCUCUCCCGCCACGCGACGGCGCCCAGGGCCACCACAACGCGGCCGGCGAUAAGGAUCAUCCACAUCAUCGCGCCGGAGAUCAUCAAGACCGACGUCGACAACUUCCGGGACCUCGUGCAGCGCCUCACCGGGAGGCAGCACCACCAGCCGGCCGACGUCACGGCGAACGACCGCGCGGCAGUGACGGUGGGCGUGGCGACCACGCCGCCGUCGCCCGUAGAGGAGAAGCCGCAGCCGCAGAAGAAGAGGCUGGCACCAGCGCCGGCGCUGGCGGACGAUUUCGUGGCGCAGCAGGAGAACAAGAGGAGGAAGAAGAUCAAGUGCGAGGUGGUGAAGGUGGAGGAAGGAGGGUUGGGCUACGGCGGCGGCGACCUCGACUUCAGCGAGCUGUGGAUGGAUCUCAACCCCGGGGGCUUCCUGAGCUUCUUGGAGGAGGACGUGUUCCAGGGGAUGAUGGCUCCUGACCUGCUGCAGCAGCCGCUGGGGGCGCCGAGGAUGGAUUUAGUUGGUGAAAUGUGCGCCUCCUUUCUGGCUUAGUUAGUUAGCCAGAGCUGUUCUUGUGAUCUUUAUCUUGUUUUUGUGAGAAUUUUUUGCACUUUGGUUGAGAGAAAUGGAUUCUUUUCUCUCUUUCACUAGAUGAACAUAUUUACAGUGGUCUUGAAAGAACUUGCGCCCAUGGUUGCAAAUACUAGUAGUGAUUAUGUAAGCCUCCCUGGUGGGAUGAUGAUCAAUGAUCAUCCAAGGAAUAUGAUCGGUUUGGGUGCCUACAUUUGUUUUCGGUCUCGAUCAGAAAUGUAAAUAAUUGUUCCAUCUUGAAAAUGCCAUGUGGAGAACAAA